GUGUGCAUGGUAUAGUCAAGUUACAGAUGUAUGAUUGACAUAACUCUGCAGCAUUAUUUGUAUAAGGUUAUGUUAAGUUACAUUACUUGUGAGAUCGUGAGUGAAUAGGUAGAGGUUAAUGUUUUAAAAUAUUAGUAUUUUUCGUAGAAGAAUGGCAGAUAUUCCUUUAAGUUUAGCCGAAAAGACAUUCAUUCUUCAUGGAGUCGAUGCAAAUUUUAGGAACGAUGGUAGAAUCCGCAAUGAAUAUCGAGCAAUGGAAUUAGAAACAAAAUUAAUGCCACAGACUAAUGGUUCAGCUCGAAUACGUUUAGGAAAUACUGAUGUUUUAGUUGGUGUUAAAGUGGAAGUGGAUACUCCGUUCCCUGACAAUCCGUUUGAGGGAAAAUUGGAAUUUUUUGUUGAUUGCUCAGCCAAUGCUACACCUGCUUUUGAAGGAAAAGGUGGAGAUAGUUUGGCUACUGAAAUUAGUAAUACAUUAGCACUAGCUUAUCAAUCCCCACAUGCAAUAAAUUUAAAAACACUUUCUAUAUUACCUCAUCAACAGUGUUGGAAAAUAUACGUUGAUAUUUUAAUUUUACAGUGUGGUGGAAAUUUAUUUGAUGCUGUGUCUAUAGCGGUAAAAGCUGCACUGUACAGUACUGAAAUUCCAAAAGUAACAGCAGCUACUUUGGAUGGUGGCAAGCCUGAUAUUCAAUUAUCAGAUGAUCCAUACGAUUGCAUUAAAUUAGAUGCUAAAAAUUUUCCAGUAUUAGUAACAUUAUGUAAAAUUGGAGAUAAUUGUGUAGUUGAUCCAAGUUCAGAGGAAGAAACUUGUAGUUCAGCAAGUAUUGUACUAUCAACAUUGCCAGAUGGACGCUUUACAUCUGUAGUAAAAAUGGGACACGGCAGUCUACAGCCAACAACAUUAAUAAAGACAUUAGAGAUAGGAAAACUUGUUGGUAUUAAGUUAAACGCAAGUGUCAUGGAAUCCCUCAAGAAAGAAGAUGCACUAGGGACAAACAGACCAAUCUUUGGAUUCCUAAGAUAAAUCCUGUUACACUCAUUAUUAAAAAAAUAAAGCAAACCCUGAACGUGAUGUGCAUUUUAACAGAUUAAGUUUUCCCAUUUUGUACUUAAUUAUAUUUCUUAUAUGAAUUUACGGAAAAAAAACUGUUGCAAG